CCGCACAGUGCGCGCCCGUGACCGCGUCGCCUUCCUCCUCUGUGUCUUCUUCCUCCAUUGUCCCCGAGCGCUGCCUUGUCUCCGUGAGCUCUGCCCGUCGUCCGUUCCCUCCCUUGUCGCCUUGCCUUCCCUCCCCAUGACCCUUGGCUGCGCGUGCCCGUCGCCGGAGCGCGGACAUGUAGCCGCGUGCGUGCCACCUCACCCCCUCGCUGCCCCGGCUAUAUAAGCCCACCCCGAGGUGCCCCGACCUCACCAGCGGCCUCACCUCACUCCCAGACCCCUCCCUAGCUAGUCUCCCGAGCCCCGGAGCCCCUCCUCGCCGCAGUAGGCCGCCAUGGCCGCCGCACGGCCUCGGCUAAAUUCGGCCGACCCGAGCCCUUCCCCUCCUCCUGGCCGCCACCAGAGCCCUCCACCGCACCCCUAGAGCCUCCCCGCUGUUUCCCUCCUCCUCUGGUAGCCCCUGGCCGCGAUGCCCAACCCCCACCCGAAGCCAUCUCCGCCGGAGUCCAGGCCCUCGUCGCUCCGGUCCUCCUCGGUGUUCGUGUGACCCUGGAACGGAUGCGCGGCAGCCUCCUGAGUUCUUCGGUGGCCGUGGUGUCACAAAUGGUGGCCGGAGUUGGCCGGAAUCCUGCCGGCGCCGGCGACCCCUCCCUCUGUUCUGCGCCGCAUCGGGGGAAGAAGAAGGAGGCGCGGGAGGAGACAGGUCAAGGCGCGGGCCCCACCUGUAAGCCGCACAGAGCCCGGCCCCGCCCUUGCCAGCGUGGCAAGUGGAGGCGUCUUCGCCUGAAGUGCGCUUACGCGUGGGUAAAGCGUAAUCCUCGCAGCCCGUUUCCGUUUUCAGAAAGCGUCUUCACCCUCUCCUUCAGGUUUGCAGGUAAUGCCAGAUUUGAUUGCUUGUUUGUCGUGGAUCCCUUGUUUGCGAGCUUGGAUAAGCGUUGCAGCCAGAGUCCCUCCGGAGUGGAGUUCAUCACCGCCUUUGUUGUUCCACUGACAGUAGUCAUUCCGCUGCGCCGAGUUGUUCUGCUAUUUACAUAGAGCUACUGUGGCAGGCAUAGUGUCGCCAUGCCGAUGUAAUCCCCUUGUACCCGAUAUAGCUUGCAAUAAAGAGCUGUUUUGUUCUAUGCUA